CUCGUGAACACACUGGGCGGUCCGAUUCUAGCGGCGGGAAUUCCGGUCGUGCUCGACGCACCUGCCUCCGACAACGGGAAGGUGCAGCUGAGUCGACUGCAGCCGGCGGUGCCGAAGGUUAAGGAGGUGAAACGGUCGGCGCACAAUGCGAUUGAACGACGUUACCGUACCUCGAUCAACAGCUGCAUUGUGGAGCUGAAGGACAUGGUUGUCGGGGUAGACGCAAAGCUGAACAAGUCGGCUAUUUUGCGCAAGGCAAUCGAUCACAUCCGCUAUCUGACAAAACAGAACCAUGCACUGAAGCAGGAAAACAUGACGUACAAGAUGAAGCUUACGGAUCCGAAGCAGUCGCUGAAGGAUCUGCUGGUAAGCCCAAGAAGCAGCAGUGCGGUUGACGAAAUGAUGACUGGCCCGAUCACGCCCCCGGUCAGUGACGAGUCGUCCGACCCUUCGUCGUCACCGGCUCAUUCCGUAACUUCCAUGCCUCCAUCGCCGUACGAGCUAAUGGAUGACGAGAUGGUGUCCAGCAUCAGUGGAAUGUCGUCCAACUCGCGCCUCACGCUUUGCAUGUUCAUGCUGGCGGUGUGCAUCGUCAACCCGUUCGCUAGUCUACUGGCGCCGGCCGACAUGAAUGAGCCGCUCGAGGAGAUUGGCACAACGCGUCGCAUACUGGCGUUCGAGGAGUCGUUCUCGUGGUCUCGACUCUCCUCCUCGCUACUAGUGCUGUUGGUCAAUUGUCUUCUGCUCGGUGGCUGCCUGGUGCGCAUGCUCGUCUAUGGCGAUCCGGUACUACUGCCGCGGUCGAGCGCCUCCAGCGAGUACUGGAAGCACAAGCGCCAAUCGGACUUGGAAUUUAAGCGAGGCAACUCACACGGCGCGUACAUAGAAGCGAAACGAUGCCUCCACGCAUUCGGAUUGUCGCUGCCCACCACCCGACUAGAAUGUCUUUCAAUGACAGGCUGGCAAUUUGUGCGUAUGUUCUUCCAUCGGCUGUACGUGGGGCGCUGGCUUUCGCGCCGCACCGGUGGACUUUUCAAGCCGGAGGGGCAGCGACUGCACGCACUUCACUCGGUCCGGGAACUUGCCUUGCUGUAUCACCGCCUGAACCAGCUGCACCUCGUCACCGACCAACCGGACGCGAACGGACUCAUGAUGAGCCUGUGCGCGGUGAAUAUGGCGGAAGCGGCUGCCUCGGUUUUGCCACCGGAUGACACUAUCGAAAUCUAUCUGCUGGCGGCGCUGCGCGUGAAGCGUAGCUAUCCGGGUCUGAUGCAGUACUUCUGCCGCUAUUAUUUGUCGAAAGCACAGCGUCUCGCCGGUGACCGGGGAAGCGCCAAGUUCCGGUGGCUGUUCACUGCGUACGGCUUUCAGUUUCUCACAGGCCAGCAGUUUCGCUACGAGGACCGACCGGACGAGUCAAGCGCACUGUUCACUCGCUUAUGCAACAAAGCCGAUCCACUAGAGUACGUGAUGCGUGAAUAUCGUUUGCACCUACUGCAAAAGGCACUGCAGGGGCUCGUAGGAUCCGAUCCAACUGGUACAUCGUGUCAACCCGCGCGACUCGCACCACACGGUGGUUCCGAGAUGAAGGACGGCUCUUAUGGUAAGGAGAAGGAGCUCAUGCUGAAACAGGGCGGCCUCGGCGGCGAUCUCGUGAGCCCCGCCGACAGUGUAUCUCCUUCCUCCUUGAACGGCAACCACAACAGCGAGAUUCUGCACUUGACACAGCUGCUCAAGGACACGCUGCGGCUUGAGAAGCCCGUCGCCUUCACGGCUUGCCUCGUCCACGGCAACGAGUGCCACGAUCAGGUUGUGCUCUGGUGGUCGAACAUGCUUAGCAUCGCCGCCUACUGGUUGCUCGGUGAGGACGAACUGGCCGAGCCGCUGUACGUUCAGGUUGAAAGUUUUCCCGCGGAACUGCAGCAUUGCGAGGACCCGCUAGCGCAUGCCUUGUUGAUUGCAUUCCACACCAAGCGCAAUUUGAUCACCAAAGCUGACGACUUGUCGGCAAUUUUUCUCGAUUGCAACGAAAGCAGCCGCUACCUGGAGGACAGCUUGACUGGUAACUUGUGUAAGACGCCUAGCCGUUUGAAACUGUUAGCGCAGUUGCUCGUCUGCGAUUGGCUACUCGAGUGUCGGACAACUCUAUGGGAAAUCGAGACAGACACGCGCUACAAUCAGGAUUACCAGGCUGUUUCUGGUGCGGUGCUGUCCGCGUUCCAAAUGGAUCUCAAUCUGUUGCGGCUGGUAAUGAGCAAAUUCCCGAACGCUCAAUCGCGCGUAUUCCUUUACGAGGCCAUCUGCCGGCUAAUGGCCGGGGCGGCUCCAGGACCAACACAGCAGCUGCUUGAUCGCAGCCUUCGUCAACGCAACUGUCGCUCGUCGAUGAUAUGCGGUAAGGACCGCCCAGCCCACAUGGAAGGGGGCCGCGAAAGGGCGGCCGCACUGUACGUGGCCUGUAAGCACCUACCGUCGCCCUGCUUGUCGUCGCCCGGUGAGCGGGCCGGCAUGCUGGAGGAAGCAGCGAAAACGCUGGAAAAGAUCGGCGACAAGAAGCGUCUCCAGCAGUGCUAUCAGCUAAUGAAGUCCCUCGGCAGCGGAUCCGUACCAAAUUAACGAAUUCCGCUUCAUCGAUUGCUUCACCACUGUUCAAUACAGCCACACUGGUCGAUCGUUUAUGGUUUCCACAAACACACACAUGAUUCUUCAGCACAUUAAAAGGAGCUUUUCAACAUAUCGUCAUAUCGGAUUUGGCUUUUCACGAUAAUGGGAGUACUUUGGCUGGCUUGGUUCUCGUACCCUUAGACAGGAUACGCUGUGGGCAAACACAAUCCGGAAACAGUUUUCUUCCGUUUUCUUCCACAAUCCGGAAACAGUUCAGGUAUUGUGACCAUUUCGCCACGAACUCGACGUACUGGGGUGUUCAAUAAGUUUGUAGCCUCGAUAACAAAGGGCGCUGCUAGGAGUCCAACUUAUUGAAUAGCCUAGUAUACCGUUCCGUAACUACCGUAUUGCCCUGGUACUGGAAUCUUCUGACUUCUGGCUGUCCGCUAAACUCCACUAGAAGUCGAUACUGGGGAAAAGAGCCGAAACGAACAGUUUGUUGAAGGCUUUUCCAAAAAAGAACUCUUCGAACCGGUUCAAAAAUCGGAGCAAACGUUGACAGAGGUGUAUUGUGUAGAGUAGGGAUUGCUUUAAAGGUGAUGUUAAGUUUAGAACAAUAAAGAUUUUCUGAGUUAUGUUUUUCCCGGUACUUUUUUGGCCCCAGUAGUACCAUUCUUUUUGGAUAAAAAUGUAAUUAUUACGCUGAACACAGGCCAACAACGCUUUGGAAUACUUCAGUGCAGUGAAUCAAAUUCGGAAGGGAACUGAACGAAAUAAUUAGUGUAGAAGGUGUAUCGCUUGAUAACUAGCAUUAGUGUUGAUCCGAUUUCGUGUUGAUUGUAGUUUCUUUAGCUGUAUUCGUUUAAUUAGUUUAGUUACGUAUUUGCAUCACUUGCGGAUGUUUUUGCUGCUUUGCGAGCAGAGAAAUAAAUGGUUGGCUAUUUCA